GCGAGGUGCAUCUCGGUUCCCUCCGAUAAUUGUUACCUUCUUCCGCGUGGCUGGCGGAAUUCGCGAACGCGAACGACACACCGGACGAGCGAGAAAUCCGCGUUGAUCGCGUCCUCGACCGACCCCUCGUUAUCGACUGACCUCCUCCUCUGCCUCAUUCGCGGUCGAGAGUAGGACACCCACAGAAAUUACCGUGAAAUUACCGGCAUAUCUUCCUUCGGAGACCUCCGAAGCAGGAAUAUUCCGAGCAGAAUUCACGGUGUCGCGAUCGAUGCACUUUCCUACGUAUCAUCGCGUAAAUCUGGACAGCAUAACCGUCAUCCGCGAUCGAAUAUCGAUCGUUGAAGGAGGGAAUCGAAUAUCAUUCGCGUAAAACGAAAGCGAGGAUAAUUCCUCGGGAUCGCGGUGAAUUUCCAAGAGGCAAGAGGUGUUGAUUCGAGCAAAAUUAUCGGAGAUGAAUUGCGCGUAUCAGUACUCGCAUAACGGUCAUCCGCAGAACGUGAUGACGAUCACGCCGACGGUGCCGCAACAAGGUCUACAUCCUGCACAGGAAACGGAGUAUCUCGAGGAUCAUCCGGGAUUACGAGGCACGCCUCUCGCCAUGCUGGCGGCUCAAUGCAACAAGCUGAGCAGCAAAAGCCCGCCGCCACUAGCGGACGCAGCGGUAGGCAAGGGUUUCCAUCCUUGGAAGAAGAGCCCGCAGAGCAGCGGUAGCUCGCCGCAACAUAGCAGCGGCGCUGGCGGGGGAGGUGGGGGAGGAGGUGGCGGUAGCGGAGGGUGCACAACGACGGGAGUGAGCCAGAGACCGACAGCAACGAGCAGCGCCGGCAGCACGGGCGGUUACGCCAGAGCGCCAGUAACAUCAUGCGCCUCGACCGCGCCGCAAUAUGGUAGCGAGUUAUACUUUCCCGGGACAGCGAGCGCUCAACCGGCUGGCGAUCCACACCAUCAUCAGAGCAGUCUCUUGGGUAAGGUCGAGGGUGCGACCUUGGGCUCGGUAUACGGCAGGCAUCCGUACGAGUCGUGGCCGUUCAACGCGAUGCCGGGCGCGACUCACGGCGGCAUCAAAGCGAGCGAUGGUUGGUGGGACGUGCACGGCGCCGCGACCGCCGGCGGCUGGCUGGACGUGAGCGGCACCGUCGGCGUCCACGCGGCGCAAAUGGCCAAUUACUCGGCCGACUACUCGACAAGUCUCGCGCUGGCCGGCAAUCACUUGCUGACCACGGCCACGACCGCCGGUCACAAUCUCCUACAAGACACGUACAAGUCGAUGCUACCGGGCGGACCGCCCGGAUUUGGGCUCCAUCAUCACGCGGCCGCGACGGCCGGCGCCGGCGCCGGAAGUCCGCAGGCCGGCGGCGGCGGCGGCAGUGUCGGCGGCGUCGGGGGCGCCGGCGUCAGCCAAGCGCCCUCGCCGCGCUCGCAGAGACGUUACACCGGUCGCGCCACGUGCGAUUGCCCGAAUUGUCAAGAAGCCGAGAGACUCGGUCCCGCCGGCGUACACCUCAGGAAGAAGAACAUCCAUAGCUGCCACAUACCGGGUUGCGGAAAGGUCUACGGGAAAACGUCGCAUCUGAAGGCCCACUUACGGUGGCACACUGCGGCACCUUCGAACCCACACCGGCGAAAAGAGAUUCGCCUGCCCGGUCUGCAACAAGCGGUUCAUGCGCAGCGACCAUCUCGCGAAACACGUCAAGACCCACAGCAGCAGCAGCAGCAGCAGCGGCAGCAAGGGCAAGGGGGGAGCGGGGAGCUCGUCGGCCGAGUCCUGCUCCGACAGCGAGGACAACGGGAGUCAGCAGAGUCCCACUUCCAGCUCGGUGCCGCAGCCGCAGCCGCCGCCGCAGCCAGCGGCACAGGCCCAGCAGCAGCAGCAGCAGCAGUUGGCGGCGGCGGCAGCAGCGGCAGCGGCAGUGGCGGCGGCGGCGGUAGCGGCGGGCCAGGACACCACCAGCAACACCACCUCCCCCCAGAACAACACCUCCACUCUCGGCCAUCAGCCGACAACACCCAUGACCCCAAUACAGAUGACCCCACCGCCUCUGACCCCACACCAUCCCCACCACCCGCAUCUCCCGCCUCUAAUGCACCAUCCUCAUCAUCACGCAACCUCCGUACCAGCGGCCCACCAUCCGCACGCGGGGAUGAGCAUGCACUGAGCCCGGUGGGGCCCGGAGCCGGUGCCUGCAGUACCUCUGCCGCAACGGCCCUGGGCUCCCCCCUAUCCUACCCCCUCAAUCUGAACCUCAUGCAGAAUCACGCGACCAUUAAUUCCCCGACUAUCGCUCAUCAUCACCAUCAGCAGCACCAAAACCACCAUCACCAUCAUCAUCACCAUCACCACCAAUCGCACCAACAACAGCACCCGCGACAAAACAACUCCUACACUGUGCAACAAAAUCCUGGCACGCCGGGGACCGCGCAGACUCCCUCACCCUCGUCCCCUGCGCCUGUACAUAGUCUCUAAGCCGUUACGAGCGCACUCGCGUCCGACAACCGCUCACAAUCCACCGCACGUCCGUCCGCCGCGUUCAUACACGUAGGCACGAGUAAUAUACACACGUAGACACAAGAGCAUACACGAAGAUACACACGAAUCUGGCUUCCCCCUGUCCUGGUUCCGAUUAUGGAAAAUGCUCCCCAUAACGCACGCACGCGAAUUUUCAGGAUUUUUUUUCUUUAUUUGUACAUAAUAUAUAUAUACAUAUACAUAUAUAUAUAUAUAUCGAAUGAAAGAGAGGGAGAGAGAGAGAGAGAGAGAGAGAGAGAGAGAACGAAAGAGAGAGAAAUGAUACAUUAAUUAAGCGAUGUAAUGUUGUGUGUAAAAAAAGUAACCCGUAUAAAUAUAUAUAAAUAUAUAAAUAUAUAUAUAUAUACAUAUACAUAUACAUAUAUAUAUGUAUAUAUAUACAUAUACAUAUACAUAAUGCACUGUCGCGUUGUACCAUACACCGACAAAACAUUUCGCGCCCCGCCGACUCUUCUCUUCCGUUAAUUUUCGGAAGGCAAGAGACGGAACGAAUUAAGGAGAAACGACCGUGGAGUAUGGACACGGACAGGUUCCAAACGAUUUCAUACCACGCAGGGCCUUGAGUAUUGUCUAAUGAGAGAAGAGAGAGAGAGAGAGAGAGAGAGUGAAAGUGUUUUUCCUUAGUGAAUUUACAAUUCUUUCCAGGCAAUUUGUUACGUUUGGAACUUGGAACGACAACUCAUAUCAGCCCACCCUUCGGAUGUAGUAACGCGCACUUAUUAUCACAAUGAAUUAUUAUUAUUAUUAUAUAUAUUAAUUAUUAAUUAUUAUAUUAAAUAUUAUAAUUAUUAUUAUUAACUCUUUUCUUAUUACUGUAUUUUAUUAUAAAAAUUAUAAAUUCAUUUUAAAGUGAGAAAGAGGAAAUAAAUAAUG